AUGGUUCUUAGUCCUGAACGUCGAAUUGAACUGAAUCCAUUUGAUGCCCGUCCAAUUGAUCAAGUUCGCGGUUUCUAUGAACGGCUUGUUAGCCAAUUUAACAAUGCUGGUCGUUAUUGGAAAGCUUAUAUUGAACAUGAAUUGAGAGCAAAAAAUUUUGAAAAUGUCGAGAAGAUUUUUGAAAGAUGUUUGGUUCGAGUUCUCAAUGUCGACCUUUGGAAGUGCUACGUUUUUUAUGUUCGUGAAACGAAGGGACACUUGGCUUCUUUUCGUGAGCAAAUGGCCAAAACUUAUGAUUUUGCAAUUGAUAAAGUUGGAAUGGAUUUUCAGAGUUAUUCUAUCUACAAUGAUUGUGUCACAUUUCUCAAACAACAAGAAGUUAAAGGACAAUAUGCAGAGAAUCAAAAAAUUACUGCAAUUCGAAAAAUUUUCAAAAAGGGAUUGGUUACCCCGAUGGCAAAUAUUGAACAAUUAUGGAAUGAUUAUUGUUCUUUUGAAAAGAGCGUAAAUCCAGCUUUAGCUGAGAAAAUGAUUUCUGACAUUAAAAAGGAUUAUUUGAAUGCCUGUAAAGUAACAAAACAAUAUGAACAAAUAGUACGUGGAAUUAAUCCCAUUUCAAUUCCACCAAGAGGAACUACAACAGAAAUAAAACAGGCUGAACUUUGGAGGAAAUAUAUACAAUGGGAGAAAAGCAAUCCUUUAAAUACUGAAGAAUAUGGGCAAUAUGCGAGACGAGUAAUUUAUUCAUAUGAACAAGCACUUCUCUGUCUUGGUUACAUGCCUGAUAUUUGGUAUGAGGCAGCUUUCUUUCAACAACAAGCAGCACAAAGAUUGGCUGAAAAGGGGGAUGUUAAACUUUCAACGGCUAUGUACAAUGAUAUAAUCCAUUUAUAUGAAAAAGCAGUUUCUGGUCUAAUGAAAUCAAAUCAGAUGUUACAUUUUGCUUAUGCUGAUUUUGAAGAAGAGAGAAGAAAAUAUGACAACGCCAAGAAAAUAUAUGAUCGAUUACUUUCUCAACAAAGUGUUGAACCAAGCUUGACAUAUAUUCAAUUGAUGAAAUUUAUUAGACGAACAGAAGGAUUAAAACAAGCUAGGCUAGUAUUUAAACGUGCACGAGAGGAUAAACGUAAUAAUUUUCAUGAACCAGAAAUAGCAAAAAGAAUAUUUGAUUUGGGUUUAAGAAAGUUUUCUAAAGAUCCAGAAUAUGCACUAGCUUAUGUUGAUUUUCUUUCUAAUUUGAAUGAAGAAACAAAUACUCGAGUAGUUUUUGAACGUCUUUUAAAUUCUGAAAAUGCUUUGGCACCUGAAAAUUCUGGGGAAAUAUGGGACAAAUAUUUAGACUUUGAAUCUCAAGUUGGUGAUUUAACAAGUAUUUUAAAUGUUGAUCAAAGAAGGCGUGCAACCAAUCCUCAUAGUGAAGAACACAAUUCCCUUUGGUUAAUUGAUCGUUAUAAAUUUUUAAAUUUGACUCCAUGCACUUUGGAUGAAUUAAAAUUGAUGGGUUAUUCUUUGAAAUGUUCCAAGCAUAUUUCUCUAGCUGGACAUUCACAUAAUAUUCCCUCUUCAGCAACACAAAAUGGACAUUUAAAACCUACCCAAAUUCAAAAUAUUAGUAGCUCCACAAAUAUUGGUACAAAUCUGCUAGAAUUGGGAGCUGCUUAUGCUAGACCAGAUACUAGCCAAAUGUUGCCGUUUAAACCAAAACUUCCCCCAGCAGCAUAUCAUCCAGUGCCUGGAGGGGUAUUUCCCCCACCUCUAAUUAUUUCUCAAUUGCUACAAUUAUUGCCUCCUCCAAGGUCAUUUACUGGUCCGUAUGUGGAUAUUGAAGAAUUGGUGAAGAGUUUGGGAAGUUUUAAUCGGGAACCCCCAAGAGUUAAUCUAAAAGAAGGCCCUUCACUUGAUCCUAAUGCAACGUUUGAUGAUUAUAGAGCAGCAGAUGUAAAAAAAGAAUUAUAUCAAUUAUUAAAUACAACAACAGAUCCUAUUGUGUUAAUGGCAUCUUCUGAAUAUCAACAACAGCAACAAUCAAUAAUUGGUUCAAGAAAAAGAACAUUUAAUAAUACAGGGGAUUCAGAUUCUGAAGAUGAAUUACAACGACAAGCACUUGGAGGGGAUUUAUACAAAAGUAGAAUGCAAAUUAAAACAGUCAAAUAA